AUGCAUGGCACUCUAAUAUCGCUGGUCUUGGCGCUUUCUCUGAGUGUAUCCGGGACGCCUCAGCAGCCGAGCACAAAGGUCGCAAAUGGUUCCACCGCGAAAUGCGACCCCUACGAGGAGGAUCUCGUAGAGGCUAACUUGUCCUCUUUUCCACCGAUAUGGGAGAAGGCCACCAUUGUAGACGGCGACAAGGACGCGCAGGCAACUUUCUCCGCCCUAAAAGGCAAGAUUCCCAAUAUAUCCAUAAAGGGUGGUGGAGCGUCAAACAUUUCUGAAGCAUUAAAAACCUACCCGGACAGCGACCCAGAUUGUUGGUGGUCGUUUAACCAAUGCACCGAUGCAAAGUAUCCAGGUGUACCAGACGAUAUAUCGUUCGUGCCCGAACCGAAAACUCUAGGAUAUGGCUUCGAUGACGGACCCAACUGUGCUCACAAUACUUUCUACGACUAUCUGGCAUCGCAGAAGCAACUUGCCACGAUGUAUUUCGUGGGUAGUAACGUUAUAGAUUGGCCGAGGGAAGCUCGGCGAGCCGUUUCGGACGGCCAUGAGAUCUGCCUUCACGGAUGGUCGCACAAGUACAUGACUACGCUUUCCAACGAGGAGGCGUUUGCAGAGUUGUAUUACGGUGUGUUAGCUGUGUGCUACCAUACCUCCGUCAUACUGACUGGCAACUUUAGCUUCCAGUUCAUCACAGGUGUAACUCCAACUUGCUGGCGGCCACCUUUCGGCGACACCGAUGACCGAAUCCGCUUCAUUGCCCAGAGCCUCGAUCUCGUCACCAUCCUUUGGCAAUACGACACCUUUGACUGGAAGGGCGGCCAAGGCGACGCGCAAGAUGACGCUGAAGUCAACAAGAACUACGCUGACAUAGUCUCCUUAGCUGAGAAUGGUGCAUUUGACAGCGUGGGGGCGAUCGUGCUUAUGCACGAGCUAAGUACGUUCACGAUGUCGAAAGCAGUAGAGUAUUACCCCGACUUCAAGCGGGUAUUUGAUCACAUUCUCCCUGUCGGCGCCGCUGUCAACACCACAUCAAGUAACGACUUCAAACGAAGCAUCCCCUACCAAUACACUUGGACAGGUGUUGGCGGGCCUUACGAUCCAUAUUAUGGUAUGUCGGGGUACCCGAAUAGCGGCGUCUCGCUGCGAACGAGCAGACAAGAUAUAGCGGAUGUUCUGUGGGUUAUAUAUCUUGUUUGGCUCGUAUUGGACGCUAGGGCUUGUUAUGCGGUUAUUCGCGCCUUCGGCUCUGAGGGAUGUCUGCCAAUAUCGCCGCGAAUGGGAGACUUUGUUGACGCACAACGCACCAAGGGGGAAUUCAUAUUCAGGGGCUAA